AUGGCUCCUGUUGCUGCGAGACGGCAGCAGUCGUCGCUGCCAGCCGGCUACAAGGAGGACCACAGCAAGGGCGCCAUGCUGCGCUUCGAGGACUCUCUACCACGCUUGCCCGUCCCUACCCUCGAGGAGACCGCAAAACGAUACCUCAAGUCCGUCCACCCGCUCCUCUCAAAGUCCGAAUAUGAGGAAACAUCAAAGGCGGUCAAGGACUUCAUUGCGCCCGGCGGAGCUGGAGAGACCCUUCAGAAGCGCUUGGUUGCGCGGAGAGAAGACCCCAACAUUCGCAAUUGGAUUGCUGAGUGGUGGAACGACGCAGCAUACAUGGCUUACCGCGACCCAGUGGUCCCGUACGUCAGCUACUUCUACUCACACCGCGACGACAAGAAGCGAAGAAACCCCGCCAAGCGCGCCGCGGCCAUUUCUACCGCAGUCCUCGAGUUCAAGAAGAUGGUCGACGGUGGCUCGCUGGAGCCCGAGUACAUGAAGAAGCUCCCCAUGGCCAUGAGCUCCUACAAAUACAUGUUUAACUGCUCGCGCGUGCCCAAGAAGCCCGCAGACGACACCGUCAAGCACAACUUCAAGGGAAACCAGCACAUUCUCGUUGUCCGCAAGAACCAGUUCUGGAAGGUGCCCCACGAGAUCAACGGCAAGCAGCUCAACACCGCCGAGCUUGAGCUCCAGUUCCAGCGCAUCUACGACAAGGCAGAGAAGUCGGCGCCCGUCGGCUUCCUCACAUCUCAAAACCGCGAUGUCUGGUCCGACGUCUACCCCAAGCUGAAGGCCGCUUCCGAUGUCAACGCGGCAUCCAUCGAAGCCAUUGAGUCCGCGUCGUUUGUUGUCUGUCUAGACGAUGCCUCACCUGUCACCCUUGAGGAGCGCGCACACCAGUACUGGCACGGCGACGGCUCGAACCGCUGGUUUGACAAGCCUCUCCAGUUCAUCGUCAACGAUAACGGCACCUCGGGCUUCAUGGGCGAGCACUCCAUGAUGGAUGGCACACCCACGCACCGCCUCAACGACUACGCUAACCAGCAAAUAUUCACCAACGCCCUACCCUUCGACGUUACAGAAGUCCGCUCCGACCUGCCCAAUCCUACCCCUCUCCGCUUCAACCUCAACCCCGAGCUCGAAAAGGACAUCGAUGCCGCACGAGCACACUUCAACAAGCAGAUCAACGCACACGAGCUCCGUGUCCAAGCUUACCAGGGCUACGGCAAGGGUCUGAUCAAGAAAUUCAAGUGCAGCCCCGACGCCUACGUUCAAAUGAUCAUCCAGCUUGCAUACCACAAGUUCUACGGAAAGAACCGCCCGACCUACGAGUCCGCCGCGACCCGCCGCUUCCAAGAAGGCCGCACCGAGACGUGCCGUACCGUCUCCGACGAGUCCGUCGCCUUCUGCGCCGCCAUGGCCGACCCGAACGCAACCGCCGAGCACACGCAGCAACUCUUCCGCGACGCGCUCAAUGCGCACGUCAAGUACAUCAGUGAUGCGUCCGACGGGCGGGGUGUCGACCGCCACCUGUUUGGUCUGAAGAAGUGCCUCAAGGAGGGCGAGGAGCUGCCCACGCUGUACAAGGACCCCGCCUUCGGGUACAGCAGCACGUGGUUCAUCUCGAGCUCGCAGCUAAGCUCGGAGUACUUCAACGGGUACGGGUGGAGCCAGGUUGUUGAUGAUGGGUGGGGCAUUGCGUACAUGAUCAAUGAGAACAGCAUACAAUUUAACGUGUGCUCUAAGGGACUGGGCUCGGACAAGAUGAGCUUCUAUCUUAAUGAAGCGGCAGGCGAUAUCCGGGAUCUGAUGCUCCCUACGCUCGAGGCGCCGAAGGCGAAGUUGUAA